AUGAACUCGCUUUCAAUUUUAAAUAAUAUUGAAGAAAAAGUAGUGGAUGCAAUUAAUACAGCGGCAUUAUCAAUAGACUCAUUAUCAGAUUCGCUAAAUGUAGAAGAUUCACCUGAAAAUUUUAAUAGAUUCCAAUCACUCUCUGAUAGAUUUUAUUCAAUUGUCAAAAAAGAUAUUCAUAAAGGUUUAAUUGAUUUUAUAGACUCUAUGACUGACAUAGCGCCAUUUGAUCACUCUAGUUAUUUAAAGAAAGCGGAAUUAGAUGUAUCUCAUAGUUUUACCGAAAUCAUUUUAAGUCAUUUAGAUGAUCUAAACACAAUUAUUGAAAACCAUCAAUUACAACAACAACAACAAAUACAACAAAAAGAACUUAAAGAAAAAGAAAAAGAAAAACUAUUAAAUCAAACCAAUCAAAUAGAUAACCCCACUUCAAUAAAUACCGAAAUGAAUGUGGACUAA